CUUGCAUCCCAUUUCUCGUACAACCUCAGAUCCGGUAGGCUCGAAGAAAUUUGGUUGAAUCCAGGCGCCAUGCCUGCAACUCUGCGCUUGUCCCUCGACACUAAUGCGGACUUUCUUUCCCACAGUCUCUUUCGCCACUUAUACUGCCUCCGAGAGUUAUCCGAGUAAUCUUCAGAGAUGGGCGAAUCAUCAGAGUCAUCGCUCGAGUAUUCCGAGCCAGAACUUGUUCUCCCUUGAACCGCGUAUGAUCUCUCGGAGAACGCUAUUUCUGGGACACUGUCUCCGCCUGACCAAUCUGGAGGUGGUGGAGGUUGGGGUAGGUACUUGUGCCCAAGCCUGUCAGCCGGGUGUGCUCGAUGAGCUUGAAUAUUGGCCCCCCAAGCUGGGUUGUAUCGCGUGAAAUGGUCGGGAGGAUCGCAAGAUCAGGCGUUCCCUCUGCAAUAGGUA